CGCAUUGCUGUCUUUGCAAGCAGAGAACUAUUCUGGUCCUAGCCUUCUCGCCCCUAACUUCCCACCUGUCGACCGUGAAACGCGGUGGUCUUCGCCGCAGCCAUGGCGUCGCUCGUUUCCUCCGCGGUGUUCCCGUCCGCCGUCGCCGCGCCUGUCCUGCCGGCGCGCCGGAGAAUUGGGGCGAAUGGCGCCGGUUCAGCCGCGUUCCUUAGGUCGCCAGUAUCGAGUCCCCUCAGCAAUGCGUUUCAGGGUACGCCCGUGAAUCGCGCUACCAUUCACGCGAACAAGCAGCAGGCGGUGCGAGCAGCGGGGAGCGCGGCGGUGAUGGCGGCAGCGUCCAAGGGAACGAGUAAAGGCACGGUGGUGGUCGAACCGGACCCUCGCAUCCCCAUCGUGCUGCUGGGUGUAUCCGGAGCUCUCUUCGCUGUGGACAACAAACUCGCCGCUGCUCCCAUCGGCCUGCUCGGUGCUCUCCUCGCCUUUCAGACCACGCGCGUGCGCUUUGUAUUCACAGAGGAGGCGCUGGAGGUGCGGAUCGGGCAGCAGCUGGAGUCGUCUGGGGAGAACGUGUUUGUGGGCGGCGAGAACAAGUGGAAGUACGACACCUUUGUCAACUGGGAGUUCUGGUGGCCGGCCUUCCCUGUGCUCGUCUAUUUCAAGGAGACCCAGACUCGCCCCGAGGGGCAGGUCCACUUCUUCCCCAUCAUUGCCAACGGCAAGCAGCUGUACGAUGUGAUGGUGGAGCGAUGCGGUCCCUCCAAAGGCAGUGGGCCGUCUGCUUGACACCUGACUACCACAUGUGGUCUAUUUGUCUACACUCGUACAAGUGGCCCUUAUGAUUAUUAUUUCACUAGUGAUGAUGCCAAAGUUUGCUGAUUAAACCCAUUAAUGCAUUAUGGCUAACAUGCAACUGUUAAGUUGCACGUAAUUCACAUGAAGCUGUAAUUGGUGAAGGGUGGACAUUGUGAGUUACAGUAAUCCCCUACUGCAAGUAACUUAAUAAA